AAACACAUGACUGUAUUUAACUGGCAAGUUAAAAAAUAAUAGUGUUUUUGACAUCAUAGCAGAAAACACUCAUUCUCAUCAGAAAUAAAAAUGGCACAGAAAACAGAAGGAAUUCAGCAGCUGUUAAUAGCCGAGAAGAAAGCAACAGAAAGAGUUAAUGAAGCCCGAAAACGUAAGCAUUGAUAUAGUAUAGUUUUGGAGAAUCUGGGUCUGAAUUGUACUUGGGAAUUAGUCUAUGGUCGUAUGGUUUUGAAACUGUUGUGAGUUGAUCCGACAUCGGCUCUGUCAGCUGACUUCAUUUCAAUCCACGAAAAUUUAUCGGUUCUAAUAACUUAAAAUAACAUCAUGUGGAGGGUUAGCAAUCCAAAGUUAUAAUUUUAUUCAUCCAUUUAACUUUAAACAGCAGUUUGAAUACGAUGGCUAUGGACGGUCUGGGAGUGACAGGCAUGCCUCUGCCCUGCCUCUAAAUCUAAACUCUCACUCAGUUAAUGUGACCCAUAUCACAUUCGUAAUUUUUUCCCUAUAUAUAGUAUAUCCAUGAAUGGUACAACACGUAUUCCAAGCUAUUGUUUAAUGUAGUUUAAAAGUUUAAUCAGUAUUGCCAGGGCAACAUUUUUAAAAUUUUGGUUCACAUGUGCUACAUUGUUUUGGGGACAUUAUUCAUUGUCAUUUUGUCCUUGAGUUUGAGCUAGGAUGGUUUUGCUGGACUCCUGGAGAGUCAGCGUUAACAUUGUACAUGUUUUCAGUUCUAGAUUUGUGUUAAAAAGACAAUAAUUAUUUAAUAUGUCAUAUCCUAAGUCCAAGUUUCAAUGCUUUUUACUAUACCAGGUACUGUAUUUUUUACUAUUUAACAAAAAUAUCAAUGUUAAUAAUACAAUGUUUUUUUUAUACAGGUAAAGCACUUAGAAUAAAAGCAGCAAAGAAGGAAGGGGAUGCAGAAAUUCUUGCUUUUAAAAAUGAGAAAGAAAACCAGUAUAAGCAGUAUGAACAGGAGGUUAGAAUGUUCUCUAGAAAAUAAAUUUGAUUAAUGGACAGAAAUUGCUUUUCCCCAAGCCAAAAUAUGUAGGCUUAAAGACAAUAAACAUUCUUCUUUUAGAUAUCAAUAGUUCAGAAAAUGAGAAACAUAAAUAUUGCCAUAAAAACUGCUUUAAAAUGAAUUUAAAAAUGUAUAUCAACAUUUAAACUUAUUUAAAAUUUUGAAGUACGAGAAAUAAAAUGACAUUUUUCUCAACAGAUCUUAGGCAAGAAAAGUGAUAGUGAGGCUCAAAUUCAGGUGGAGACAAACAAAAAGAUUAAAGAGCUUGAUGCAAUGAUGAAGCAGAAUCGAGGCAAAGCUUUGGGCUCAAUAUUGAAGCUCCUGUUUGAUAUAGAUGUUAAAUUACACGAAAAUGUUAAGCUAUAGAUCUAAGCAUUUUUUCUUUUUUUUUCAACUGUUUAUGUAGUUAAAAUGCUUUUUGGACUAUUUACUCUUUAAAUUGUUAUUUUUAUUUAUCUUAUCCUGUUAUGUAGAUAUUUCCUGAUACAAAAAGGUAGCCUACAAAAAAUUAUAAAAUUGGAGGUAGAGAUGUAUAUAAAUUCAAGUAUUGUCUGAUAAAUAUUCCAUUUGUGUGCUAUUUUGAAGGGAGUUGCAGAUGAAGGGCUAAUUUUUUAAAAAUUAGUUGUGAUUAACAGUACCAAAAAGGCUGCUGUUGAUAGUAAGUACAAUAUCAUUUGUAAUUAGUGGUUUAAAGAAAAACAAUUUUAAGCAAAUUUAAACGAUGUAUUUCUUUAUUAAAUACCACUCUUCAUAUAUGCCUAGAAGAACCAUUUUCUGUGUUUAAAAUGUCUUUUUGAUGAUAAGGUUAGAGGAAGCAAAACAAUUUGAGUACCCGGUAUUUAAAUGGUGGUUUUCAACAUAGCAUCUAGGAUCAUGCUCCACUGGGUAUUUGAAAUCAAUAGCUUCAACAAAACACCAUUUUGUAUAGUUAUGGUAUAUAAAGAAAAUAUCAUUAAAUUAUCUAUAAUUUGGUUAAAGGCAAGUCAACAGAUUUGAAAUAUGGGUUUAUACAUUUUGACAAGAAUUCAUGCUAGUAUUUUUUAUUGGCUUUAAAAGAAGCCCUGUGAACUUAAUUUAUAAAGCCAAUUGUGAAAGGGAAGAAAUAGAGACAUGAUUGAAUGUAUUGGUGUGAUGUAAUUAUUUAUUUGAUACAUAAUCUUGACCAUUUCAUGUUCAUGUAUACUGGGAAAAUCCUUACUUUGCUACAGUACUGCAGUCAAUUUAAUUUAUGUUUGCAGACAACCAAUUUACUUAAAUUCAAAGAUUGUUUUGGAGUCAGUUUCGGUUUGUUUCUUACACUCUAGUAAAAAUUACUAAUGGAAAUGACUCAGUUCACCUAGACACAAAAAAAUAAUUUUUGAUUGUAAAUUUCAGGUAAGGUGGAAACAAUACAUUUUUUUCAUUCACAUCUAUUUCACACAUUACUCGGAGCACAUGACUUGGGAUAUGUAUGUAGCUAGAUUUAUAUGAAAAAUUGAGUAGGGUGUAUGGGUUGAUUUUUUAAAAAUUUUAACGUCUGUUUUAUUAAUUCAUUUAGAUAAUGGAAUAGGUAUUUUGUUAUAUACAGUAGUUCCAUAAUUUAGGGGAAAAAAUGAAUGAAAUACGGCUGUUGUCUUAGUACUUAUGUGAAUCCCAUAAAUUGUCAUGACAUUCAAUGUUGGCUUUGUUCUUCUUUGUUUUGUUUCUGAAAUUAUAAACACGUUCUUGGGAUUUUAAAACAGUCAGAAGGUUUAAUGGUUUUAGUAAAAGUUCUAAGCAGUGGGAAACCUGUGGCCUGCGCAUAACAUUUAUUGCGGUGGGG